GUGGAUGAAAUCCCAGAUGGAGCAGUAAAACCUCCUAUGAAUAAAAUGCCUAUAUUCUUUUUUGGCACUCAUGAGACAUACAAACCAUCCCAUCCAGCUGUUAACAGUGUUGUCAAAGAAACUGUUUGCAAAAGUUGUCAAGAGCCUACUGAGGGCAAUGAAGAAAAAGGAGAAGCCAAAAGGAGGAAGUCUGUUAUUUCCAAAUCAUCAAGUAAACAGAAUAAUAAUUUACCUACAGAAGACAGAGAGAUGGAUACUGUCAAAGAAGAUGAUGUCCCGUUUGAAAAACUCAGUAGCAAAGAUGUGAUGAAAACAAAUGAUAUAUGCAUUCCUAAAGUUGUUAGAAGAGGAAGGAAGAGAAAGGUUGAAAAACAAGCUGAAGCUGCGGAAACUGCAGUGGUAGCAGCUGCAGUGGCUGUGACUCCAAAAGUAAGCCCUAAAAGAGGAAGACCAGCAGCUACUGAAGUAAAGGUUCCAAAACCAAGAGGGAGACCCAAAUUGGUGAAACCACCUUGUCCUUCAGAGAUCGACAUUGUUCAUGAAGAGGAGAAGACAAAGAAAAAAGGACUGGAAGAAAAGCCCAAAAAACAAGGGAAAAAAGAUGAGGAGAGUCAGAAGGAAGAAGACAAAUCGAGGAAGGAAUUUGAUAGAAGAGAAGCAAAGAGGGAGACUGAACCAAAAAGGAGAAAUACUUCCCAAGUGGGUUCUGCAUCAGCGUCUGAUUCUGAAGAGGAUGAAGGAGAACAUGAAGGUGAUAAGAAGAAAAAAGGAGGGAGAAACUUUCAAGGAGCUCAUAGAAGAAACAUGUUACAAGGCCAACAUGAGAGAGAACUGACAGAAAGAAAGUGUAAGCAAGAGGAGCAAAUGGAAUCUGAGCCGCAAAAUAAAGAAGAAGGUAAGAAAUCAGAAGUUAAGAGGAUGGAGAAGACGAGAGAAACAUCAAUGGAUUCUAGGCUUCAAAGGAUACAUGCAGAAAUUAAAAACUCACUCAAAAUUGAUAAUCUAGAUGUGAACAGGUGUAUUGAGGCUCUUGAUGAGCUUGCUUCCCUUCAGGUCACAAUGCAACAAGCUCAAAAACACACAGAGAUGAUUUUGACUCUAAAGAAGAUACGGAAGUUCAAAGUUAGCCAAAUUAUCAUGGAAAAAUCUACAAUGCUCUAUAACAAGUUCAAGACCAUGUUUCUAGUUGGAGAAGGAGAUUCUGUUCUCUCACAGGUACUAAAUAAAUCACUUGCUGAGCAGAAGCAGCAUGAGGAAACCAAAAAACCCAAAGAACAUUGGAAGAAAGGUCCAACCAAAAAAACAGAAAAGGAAAAAGAACUAACAG